CUGAUUGCAGGUGACUCAGACACGAGGCAAUGCAUCUAUCAUGGUUUGUAAGUGCUGCCCUUUUGGGACUGACAAUCUGCGUGCCCAUUGAACGGCCCAAGGAGAAGCAAGAGACAGAACCUCCCCCAGACCCAGCGGACACAGGCCUAUUUUACCACCGCUACUUGCAGGAAGUCAUCAAUGUGUUGGAAACAGACGGGCACUUCCGAGAGAAGCUCCAAGCGGCAAACGCCGAGGACAUCAAGAGUGGGAAACUCAGCAAAGAGCUGGAUUUUGUCAGCCACCAUGUCCGCACCAAACUGGAUGAAUUGAAGCGCCAGGAAGUGUCCCGGCUUCGGAUGCUCUUGAAGGCCAAGAUGGAUGCCACCAUGGAACAAGAUGUCCAGAUCGAUCACCGGACUUUAUUGAAACAAUUUGAGCAUCUAGAUCCUCAAAACCAACACACAUUUGAAGCCCGAGACUUGGAGCUGCUCAUUCAGACUGCUACUAAGCACCUGGAGAACUUUGAUGCAGACCAUCACAAUGAGUUCAAGCGCUACGAGAUGAUGAAGGAGCACGAGCGCCGGGAGUAUCUGAAGUCUCUGGAUGAGGAGAAGCGUCGGGAGGAGGAGGCACGGUUCGAGGAGCUCAAGAAGAAGCACAAAGAGCACCCCAAAGUCAAUGCCCCAGGAAGCCAAGAUCAACUCAAGGAAGUCUGGCAGGAGACAGACGGCUUAGAUCCCAAUGAGUUCAACCCCAAGACCUUCUUCAACUUGCAUGACACCAACAGUGAUGGGGUCUUAGAUGAGCAGGAAUUAGAGGCGCUUUUCACAAAGGAGCUGGAGAAAGUAUAUGAUCCCCGUAACGAGGAAGACGACAUGCUAGAAAUGGAAGAAGAGCGGCUGCGCAUGCGUGAACAUGUCAUGAAAAAUGUGGAUCUAAACAGGGACAGGCUAGUGAACCUGGAUGAGUUUCUAAAAUCGACACAGAAGAAGGAAUUUAAUGAAGCUGAUGGAUGGAAGACAGUGGAAGAAACGCAGGUCUAUUCCGAGGCGGAGCUUCAGCGCUUUGAGGUGGAGUUAGCAGCCCAGGAGGCGGAGCUUGGCCGGCGUGCAGAACAGCUCCGCCGGCAGCAUGAAGAACUUCAGCAGCGGCAGGUGCAGCUGGAUGCUCAAAAGAAGGAGUAUCAACAGGCUGUGCUCCAGAUGGAACAGAGGAAAUCUCAGCCACAGGCCGAACAAGGACACCUGGCUGGACCGGGGGGUGAGCUGAAGUUUCAGGCGCAGCCUCCCCAUGCGGCCCCAGCAGACCAGGCAGUCCCACCUGGUUCCCACCCUGGAGCUCCGGACCCUGCUGCUCCACAGAACCAAGCAGAACCUCCUCAGAUCCAGCAGCAACCCGAAGUUAAGAUCCAAUAGAACACUGAGACCUGGAAGGGAGGAAAGUUUCGCUAUUCACAGAGUGCAAGUUUGGAAAAUAAUAAAAAAUGUGCCCCUCCCCCCCACCACACACACCCAUACCUGCAGUCUGAAGUGGGGCAGCCCAUUUUGGCACCUCAGAAUUCUGUCGCCUCGUUUUUCUGUAAUACUUAGCUGCGACCUAAGGAAGGGCAGAAGUCGAGAAUGAUGGGAGGAGGUUAUUCAAAAAUUCCACACCCCUUUUGCUCAUCAGAGCUCUUUGUCCCUCUUACCUGAGCAGAAUAAACCUCUGAGGAACCUCAAAAGGGGGCUCUAAUGAGGGAGGUGGAGGUGCCAUAUUGGAGGGAAUGAGUGGGGUAAUGAAGUAAGAAACCAAACACCAUGCCCUGAACAUUGACCUCAGGUUCUGGACGCUUCUGAGGAAAUACAUUCUGAGGGAAUGGUGGGGUAGGAGGCAUGAUGUUACUAUUCAGUGUUCUGCCCCCUUCCUCCUCACCUGACUUCAGCUGCUAUAUAAUGGAUUUACAGUAUUGCACCUUUUUAAAAAGCAGAUGUGCUGAAAAGCUGAAAUUUGGCUGUGUUUUCUGAAAUUACUUGAGUCUUUUUAUUUAAUAAAGAUGUCGUGACAUGCCCCCA